UCUAGCUGUGGUCACACUGAAUUGCACGCUGCCGGAAAAUGUUGAAGAAUAUUUUGAAUAAAUCCAGGCAGGUGCUCUAUCCAGUGGCCAGGACCUUUACCCGGAGCAGCAACAACCACAAUGCGGCAACCGAAGCCGUACCCUCUGCAACCGAGGCCGCUCCACCUGCUACCAAAUCCACCCCCUUGAUUUUGCCGCAAGAUUACGCCGUCAACUACUCGCCGGUUAGCCGGAGUACAGCCAGGCAGGCAUGGAUCGAGAACACGGACGCAGUGGCGGAGCGCAAGGUGGGACUGAUCGAGCUGCAUCCGGACGUGUUUGCCGCCCAGCCGCGGGUGGACAUCAUCCAGGAGAAUGUGGAGUGGCAGCGCAAGUAUCGUUAUGUAAGCAUGGCGCACACAAAAACACGGGCGGAGGUGCGGGGCGGCGGUCGCAAGCCGUGGCCACAAAAGGGAAUGGGCCGCGCUCGCCACGGUUCCAUCCGGACGCCACUGUUCAAGGGCGGCGGCGUGGUCCAUGGACCCCGUUCGCCCACCACUCACUUUUACAUGCUGCCCUUCUACAAGCGGGUUCUCGGUCUGACCUCCACAUUAAGCGUCAAGCUGGCCCAGGAUGAUUUGCACAUCGUUGAGGGCGUGGACAUACCUACGGGGGAUGCACAGUUUCUCAAGGAUUUAAUAGCCGAGAGGAACUGGGGACCCUCUGUCUUGAUUGUGGAUGAAGAUCACAUGUUUCCCGCCAACAUUUCCCAGGCCACCGAUAGUCUGGGGUAUGUCAAUCUGAUGCCUUCCUUUGGCCUGAACGUGUAUUCCAUGCUGAAGCACGAUACCCUAGUGCUAACGGUGGCGGCUGUAAAGCAUCUGGAACAGCGACUGCUGUAUCAACUCCAUCGCAAUGAUGCCGCCAGCAAGGGUGGCAAGUUCAAGCUGGAUCAAGUCUAGAAGUUAAGGCCGUUCGAAAAAUCCGUUUUAUUAUUAUUAUUUUUAAACAUUACGUUUGAUGCCAGUAAAUGCAUUGUUAAACAUUA